AUGGUUCAGUACGGACGCCACAUGGUUCAGUACAGACCUCUCAUGGUUCAGUACAGACCUCCUCAUGGUUCAUUAACGGACCACACCUGGUUCACUACAAACCUCCCAUUGUUCAGUAAGGACCUCCUCAUUGGUUCAGUACAGACACUCUCAUGGAUCAGUACAAACCUCACAAGGUUCAAGAACAGACCUCUUCCAGUUUCAGUACGACCUCUCAUGGUACAGUACAAACCUCCCAAGGUUCAGUACGACCACUCAUGUUCAGUAACAGAUACCUCUCAAGUUCAGUACCGGACCUCACAUGUUCAGUACGGACCCUCUCAUGGUUCAGUACAACAUCUCAAGUUCAGUACUGACAUCUCAUGGUUCAUACAGCAGACCUCUCAGGUUCAUACAGACCUCACAUGGUUCAAGUACAUACCUCACCAUGUUCUGACGGACCUCACAGUACAGACCUCACAUGGUUCAGACAGACCUCACAUGGUUCAGUACGGACCUGCACAUGGUUCCAGUACAGACCGCAACAUGUUUCAGUACGGACCUCACAUGGUUCAGUACAUACCUCACAGGUUCAGUACAGACCUCACAUGGUUCAGUACGGACCUCAUCAUUGUUCCGUACGGGACCUCUCAAUGGUUCAGUACAGACCUCCUCAUGGUUCAUUACGUACCACACAUGUUUCAGUACAGACCUCCAUCAUGGGUUCAGUACGGACCUCACAUUGUUCAGUAA